AUGUCUGCCGACCUCGACAAAGCCACGCAGCAAGGCCAGUCCGCCGAAGCGCCUGUUACCGCCGCAACCAGUGUCGCCGAGAUCCCCGCGUCGGAGCCACCCACGGAGAAGACAGCCGUUAAUGGUGGCGUUGAGGGUGCCGUCCCGGAGCCUAGCGCCCCGGCGUCAGAGCCCAAGCCAGCGCUUCCCGACAAGCCGGCGGAAGUCGUCCAGCCCUUGUCGGUUCCCCCGAGCGGCCCAGCGCCCGUCGAGGCCACUCAGACCAAUGACGCGGACAAACCGGCCAUAGCAGAGCCCAUCGCUACCUCCACCGCUGUUGAGCCCUCCGAGUCGAUAGCGGAAAAGCCAGCAGAGAGUCUUGCAGUUCCCGCAGGCGCGAGUAGCACCAAUAGCGAAGCCAAACCUGCGCGCGAAGACACUGAGAUGAAGGACGGGCCGGCACCAGACGAGACAGCCGCAAAACCUAGCAACGACGCCAAUGGUCACGAUACCAACAAGCGCAAGGCGGAGACCGCCCUCGGUCCAGAGGCUGACACCGAGGCCGAUGCAGCGGGUGGCAAAAAGGCCAAGACCGCCGAAGCCGAAGCGGGGGCGGCGGUGGGGUCGGAGGCCGUCCCUGCCAAGACGGACGCCGAGCCCAGCAAGUCCUCCGAGCCGACGGAGCCUAGCGCAAUUUCCUCGGCCACAGAGGCCAACGGGGGCGGACCUGCGGCCCCACUUGCUGCCGGCGCCGAUGCCCCUGCCGUCCCCUCUGUUGCUGGCUCCGAUGCAGACCCAGCCGGAAAGCCUCCUGCUCCCAAAAGGCCGGGCCGCCCGAAAAAGCAGGCCAACGGCAAUGGGAACAGCAAGCCUGCUCCCACCGUGCCAGCUGGGAAGACAGCGCGGAAGACGAGGAGUCAGGGCCCUGCUUAA